AUGUACGCCGGCAACUAUGGAUUUCCCAAUAACGCUGCUGCCGCUGCCGCUGGAUCACCGUACAAUGGCGCCCCACCCCCGGGUUCCCAGAACACACCUUUGCAGCCUGGCUCUGCUCCUAACCACAUGAUGUAUAAUUCUCAACAGUUCCCCAUGGGCGUGCCACCCGGCGCUGGCUUUCCCGGUAAUCCCAAUGCGAUGCCGGGUGCCGGUCCUGCAGGAAUGAUGCAGAGUACCGGUAUGCCGCACAUGGCUGCUGCCAAUGGCCAGAUGCCCAAUUAUCAAACACCGUAUUCGACCUCCCCCUAUGGCGGCGGCGUCCCUAGCUCUGUCGCACCCCAGAUGAAUGUGCCCCCGAACUAUGCGAUGGGAGGUGGCAUGCCUAUGGCCGGUCUUCACAUGCAACCAGGCAUGAAUGCGCAGCAACAGCAGCAGCAGAUGAUGCAACAGCGCAUGCAGAGCGCUCAGUCAAACGCCGGCAGCAUGUCGACUCCCACACCGCAACGAAACUUCCAGAGUCAAUCUUCUCAACGCACGCCGACUCCGAACAGCGCGCAGCCUUCCCAGCAGUCUCAGUUCGCGCCACCUCAAAAUGCUCAAGGCCCCCAGCAGAGCCAGACGCCAAAUAAUGCGCAACCGCAUCCGCAACCACAACCGCAGCCGUCCCUAUCCAAUAACAUCCAAACACCACAAACGCCGACAUUCCCUUCCUCGAUCCAGGGCAGUGCUCUCAAUGGCACGUCCUCUGGUUCUGCACCGUUGAGCCCUGUUGGGGAUUCAAGAGAUAAGGAAAGGGUUGGCGUGAUCCUCGAGAUCAACAAUGAGUUGCUCCUGGAAGCCAUGCAAAUUCAAAACACGCAGCAGAUUUUGAAAAAGGAACGCUCGGUGUCCAACGGCACUGACGGCACCGCAAACGAGGCUGAAAAGCUAUCAGAAGAGGAGGAAAUACUGGCACAGGAUUAUCUUCAGUGUAUGCGCAGGCUUCAGUCAAAUCUAGCUUAUCUGGCAGCAUUGGCUGAUAAGAAGGGCGGUGCAGCGGCGCCGAAUCCCGCAUAUUUGAGAGCACCUACUCUGAAUACGAGCGUCAAGUUAAGGCAGAUGCCAGGUGCGGAUGAAAAUGAGGUCAAAGCGGAGGCGCCAACGCGGGAGGAAACAGCUAAAUAUAUGGCAGAGCUGUACAGCAAGCUGCAGGGUCUCUAUCCUGGCGUUGACCCGUCCAAAGAGCCGGUAUUUCCAGCAACGGCAGGGCGGCCGGGCGCAGCGAAGCCAGGAACCCAGACACCUGGCCAAUCAAGCCCCGUGCCCGGCAAGCAGAAGACGCCGAAGCUGGCAAGUUCGGCGCCGCAGCAGCAAGUUGCCACGGCCGCGGCGGCCCAUGGGCUUGGGUCUCAAAUGUGA